UGCACAAUGGCUGAACUUGGAUCGAUUAAAGUGUUUUUAUUUCUGCUUCUGGAGCUUCACGUUACAGUAAUUGCAAAUGUUUCAUCUGUUAUCAAGAGAGCUGGAGAUCAAGUCAUGCUGUCUUGUGAAAAUGUGACAGAAGGUCAAUUCAAUUGUAAUGGAACAAUAUGGAUCCUCAGUGGGCCCAAAAGCAAAGAGGUGGUAGCUCUGGUGACAUAUGGACAGGUUGAGGGAAAUACCAGAGCCGGGCUCAUUGUUACUCCAAACUGUUCUCUAGUCAUAAAGAACAUCAAAGCUGAGGAUGUUGGACGUUAUGAAUGUCAACAAUAUAAAUAUGAAUACAAACGAGGUGAAGAAAAGCUGGUUCAUCGGUCUGUGAUUAACCUGUCUGUUAUUACCAUGACUGAACAUAAGGAGAAUCAAACUGUCACAUUAAACUGCUCUGUUAACAAGUCCGGCUCCUGUAAAGACGAAGUGAAGUGGCUCUUUAAUCAUCAGGAAGUGGAUAAGAAAAAAAUGAAGACAUCAGCGACCUACUGCUCUGCUAAUGUGACUUUUCUGGAUUCCUUCUUAUUGAAUUCAUCAUCGGUUGAUCAGUUAUUUCAGUGUGAAGUUAUUCCUGACGGUAAUAAAAAAAGGAAGCUGUUUACCUUAUCACAUCAAUCCUCAGGUGCAACCGCAGCACCACAAGAACCAACAACCAGAACAGAAGAUACAAACCCAAUGAAGACCACACCAGGAAGUACUCCAUACAUCGCUGUAGCUGUGGGAUUGGUCAUUGUGUUAGCAAUCGCUGUGGUGGUCAUCGGGUGGAGGGCUAAACGAAACAAAACCAGGAGAGAUGAAAACAUGGUUGAUGAGGAUGUAGAUGAUGGUGUUUCCUACGCCUCCAUCAGAUACCCCAGAGACAACAGCAGUGAAGUUCAAGUUCAUGGUGAUCCUGAUAAAGUGACCUACAGCACUGUGAGAAGUCCUUAUCCAUCUACUGCAACCUCUGAUGAUCACAACAACGUCUACUCUCUUCUGACCCUUAAAUAGAAUCAGGACAAGUUAUGGUGAAAUAUUUACAUGAAGAAUGCUUUUAAUUGUUGCUUUUUUAUCAGGGAACCAAACACAGUACAUCAGCACAAACACCUCACAACAGCAGUCCAGUAUGGUGGUGGAGUGGUGAUGAUUAGAGUUUGUUUUGCAGCCCGAGGCAUAUUGCUGUCAUUCAAUCAACCAUGACCAAUUAAUGCUCUUGUCAUUUUCUGACAGAAGAACCGCGCCUACUCUGUGCCAUCAUCAGGACUACUGUUCUUAAAGGUGCAUAUGCCACGUUAUUUGACUUUUUAAUUUAUAAGUCAGAAGCUCACUCUCGUUGCCUACAAAGUUUUUAUGAAAGAUUAUCACGUCCUGCUGCCGUAUUAGUUGUUAUUUUGGUCUUUUUUGCUUUG